AUGCGUGUCUCAACCAUCCUCUUCACUCUCUUCGCCACUUUGGCCGUCGCAGCUCCCGCUCCCGACCUGGCCUCUGUUGAUGAGGCCGCUCUCUGGGCCCGCGACGGCGCGCCUGCUGGAACCUGUUCCAAGGGCGGCGAUAAGGGCGAGAGCUGCUCUGCCCUCAAGUGCCAGAGCAACUCCAAGUCCGGACGUGGCGGCGGUGUAAGUUGA